AAAACCCGGGCCGGGAUAGGGCGCGGGGCAGCGCGUCGGGACGUCCCUCGCGUAGGGCCCGACGGCGCCUGCGCGCUGCGCGGCCGGCCGGGGCGCCGGGGUGCUGGGGGUGGGGCGGGGGUAGGUGUAGCCUCUUUGCCUCAUUGUCCCUUAGCGUCGCCCGGACAUCGCGCGGGUCGCUCGCACCAUGAAGAUCUGGACUUCGGAACAUGUCUUUGACCACCCAUGGGAAACUGUUACCACAGCUGCAAUGCAGAAAUACCCAAACCCUAUGAACCCGAGUGUGGUUGGAGUUGAUGUAUUGGACAGACAUAUAGAUCCCUCCGGAAAGUUGCACAGCCAUAGACUUCUCAGCACAGAGUGGGGACUGCCUUCCAUUGUGAAGUCUCUUAUUGGUGCAGCAAGAACCAAAACAUAUGUGCAAGAACAUUCUGUAGUUGAUCCUGUAGAGAAAACAAUGGAACUUAAAUCUACUAAUAUUUCAUUUACAAAUAUGGUUUCAGUAGAUGAGAGACUUAUAUACAAACCACAUCCUCAGGACCCAGAAAAAACUAUUUUGACUCAGGAAGCCAUAAUCACUGUGAAAGGAGUCAGCCUUAGCAGUUACCUUGAAGGACUGAUGGCAAGUACCAUAUCUUCAAAUGCUAAUAAAGGCCGAGAAGCAAUGGAAUGGGUAAUACAUAAAUUAAAUGCCGAGAUUGAAGAACUCACGGCUUCAGCAAGAGGAAGCAUAAUGACUCCAAUGGCGGCAGCAGCAUUUGUAGAAAAAUGAUAAUACAAGUUGGUAGACAACGUUGGGUCCCCCAGGUCCCUCCAAGCUGGCAACAUAUUUAUUUGUUAUUUAAAAAAUACAACUAUAUUUUAGGUAGAAUUUUUUUUAAUAAGCUGAUUUAAGGCUAUGUGUCUUUUGAUCAAAACAGAUACAGGGCUUCUAAAUAAAAGGGAUCAUCUGAAAUUAGUUUUGUUUGAAAUGGCUGUCUAAUUUUAAGGUUUCCAGUAUUUAUAUGAAAAUUUAACAGUUUUCUUAAAAGUACUUGGAAAUUGGUAUUGACAUUGAAUCUCCUUAAGGUAGAAUUUUAAAGCUUUUCUUGCAUUGGAACUCUACCUGGCUUUGGACCAACCCCAGAACAAAGCAGAGCCACCUCUUACACACGAUUGCCCUGCUGCUGUAACUUCAACAGCUUGCGUGAGAGAACUCACUUUAAAAGGAGAAAUUAUAUACUUCUAAAAGAUAUUAAUUUGUAUAAAAUAACUUGCUCUGCUAUAAACCACCAUUAAAAACCAGUGUUUUGGUUUUGUACUUAAGUAUUUUUGGAGUGAAAAUUACCUCUGAAGUAAUAUAUAACUCCAACAAAAAUAAAGUUUUAUUGUAUUAAAAAGUACUGUAUUGAUUUGCCAAAGUUUUGUGACUUAGUAAAGGUAUUACCUUCCUUGGAUUUGUACUUUGUGAUUUAGUGUGCUGUGCCGUGGGCUGGUUAUGUUAACUGAAAAAAUAAAUUCAUUACCUGAGUUUUGCAGCACUCUAAACUUAAAAAGAACAGCUGUUCACAUCUUUUAGCAAUUCACAUUUGCCUAACUCAUAAAUUGCCAUGUGUCAAAAUCAUGGUUUUGUAAUUGCUAACGCAUGAUAUGUCAGGUUAUUUGAAUAUAAUUACUUUUUGAAGUAAUUGUGACCACAAAACAUCUUUUUUACAUGAAGAGCUGUACAUCAUUUGAAAUUACUCAAGUGAUGUCUUGAUCCGAAGCAUAAACCCCAGGUACUUAAUGUUUUUAAUAAUACGGUGCCACUGUGAGAGGUGGGGGCGGUGAGGAAGAACAAAGAAUAAUUGGGGUGGGGGGAAGAUUGGCCUAAACUAACCACUAAGUAAAUUGCACUGCAGCUUUUAUUUAUGGGAAAUCCUUAUUUUGGAUGCCAGAGAGCAGCUGCAAACUGAAAAACAAUCCAGUAAAUGUACUUUGUUUCAUAUUUUGUAGGAGGCAAUGAUCAACCACGAAGUAAUAUCUUUGAUAUAUGCAUUUGUUGCAUACAGAGUAUUUUUGUUAAAAGGUGAUUAGCUCUUGCCUUUGUUUUACAGUGCUUAGUGGGAUAAACUAGUAAGAUUUCCUAUAAAAGAGACCAGUUAACAUUUGCAUAAACCACAGAAGUAGUAUAACAAACUAUUCUAAAAUUAUUGUUUUUCUACUUAAGAUAUUCAGGUUAAGGUUUCCUAGGACAUUUGUAAAAAGAGGUGAAAUUCGAUAAAGUUUUUUUUUUUUUUUUGUAACCAGAGAUGGUUUUUACAACUGAAAUAACAUGUCAGCAAAACAAAACGUUCUAAAUAUUGAUAUUUGAUAAAAGGCUGCCUUGUAUAAUUUCUGUAAAUUACACUUGUUCUGGAAAAGGUGUAAUGCCAUAAUGAUAAAAGAUUUUUAAGCAAAUCGUAAUCCUUAAUUUGAUUUUUAAAAAUUCUGAUCUAAUGAGAAAAUUCUAUAAAUUUUUAUUUUCCAAUGCAGUUAAUUAUCUCUUUCUAAAUAGCUGGUAAUUCAUAGCUUUUACCUGUUAAAAUAUAAAUACACAGUAAGCAAAUGCAUUUAAGAGGACUAAACUGGAAUAAAGUAUUCAUAAAUGAAACUUGGACUACUGAGCAUCUAACCCUAUUUAAUAUUAAAAAUGAACUCAUAUGAAUUAAGAAAAACCUUGUUAAUAAAAACUUUCCUUUAACUAUAA